GCCCUCCACCACCCCAAUGGCGCACGCCCAAGCCAAAUCACUCACGCCUACUGGUCCUUCUGCUACUAUAUAAACACGCACGGCGACCAAAACCUUGCAACAGUAGCUAUAGUGGUACUGGUAGAGUGGUAGUAGCUCACCAAGGUUUAGCAAAUCGUGUGCCGUGCCAUGUCACUACGCCGCAGCUCAGCGGCUGCGCUCGCGGCGCUGCUGGCGCUGGCGGUGCUGCUGGGCACGUCGGCGGACGAUGGCGGCCAGGGCCAACCAAUCGUGGCGCGCGUGAGCAAGGACGCCUCCACCUCCCUCUACACCAUCGCCAUCAAGGUCGGCGGCGUGCCGCUCCUCGUCGACCUCGCCGGCCCGAUGCUCUGGCUCGCCAACUGCCCCACCCCGCACCGCAUCAUCCCCUGCGUCUCCCACGACUGCGACGACGUCUCCACUACGUACCGCCCGCCUGGCUGCCCGAAGCCCAACCUUCGCGGAGACGGGCCGUGCGCCUGCCCCGCAUACCCGCGCAACCCGGUCGACGGGCGCUGCCGCUCUGACGACGCCACCACGAUCACCCUCGCCGCCAAUGCCAUGGACGGUCAGAACCCGCUCUACCUGGUCACCUUCCGCGCCGUCGGGUCCUGCGCGCCAGGGGAGCUCCUGGAGUCGCUCCCGGCGGGAGCGGCCGGCGUCGCGGGCCUCUCAAGGCUACCGCUGUCGCUACCGACCCAGUUCGCGUCCUUGCUCAAGGUAGCGAACGAGUUCGCGUUGUGCCUGCCCAGCGGCGGCGACGGCGUGGCAGUCUUCGGCGGCGGCCCGUUCCAGCUCCUGGCGGCGCCGCCCGUGGAGCUCGCCGAGCGCCUCCGCGAGAACCCGCUCCCGCUCCUCAAGCACCCCUACAACGGCGGCUACUACUUCGGCAUCACCGGCAUCGCCGUGAACCAGCAGCGCGUGCCGACGCCGGACGGCGUCUUCGACCUCGACGCCGGCAGCGGCACGGGCGGCGCCGUCUUCAGCACCGUCACGCCCUACACCGCGCUCCGCUGGGACAUCUACUGGCCGCUCCGCAACGCGUUCGACGUGGCCACGAGCGGCAUCGCGCGCGCGGACAAGGUGGCGCCGUUCGACCUGUGCUACCAGGCGUCCGCGCUCACCGUGACCCGGGUGGGCUACGCCGUGGCCAGCAUCGAGCUGAUGCUGGACGGCGGCCGGAACUGGACGCUGCCCGGCGCCAGCUCGCUCGUGCAGGUCAACGACAACACCGUGUGCUUCGCGUUCGUCCAGAUGGCGUCGUCCAUGCCAGCGGCGAUCGACUCGCCGGCGGUCAUCCUCGGGGGGCACCAGAUGGAGAACAACCUGCUGAUGUUCGAUCUGGUGAAGGAGACGUUCGCGUUCAGUGGGCUUCUCCUCGGAAUCCGCACUACGUGCAGCAACUUCAACUUCACCAUGGGCAGUUCUUAUUAGAAGAGUGUGUCACUGGUCUUGCGAGUCUAGCGCCACCGCCACCACGUUCGUUUGUGCUCGAUGUAGACUUUGGUUCAAGGGAAGUACCGUCGUAGUGUUGUGUUCGUGGUAACAAGAAUAAAGUUUUAUGCUAGUGGCGGAUGCCACACA